UAGGUGAGCAAAUAUUUCUCAUAGUAAUAGUGUGGUAACUGACAUAACGGAGUGAGGUAGCGGAGGAUGGUUGGCGGGCGGCAGCUGGCAUUUGAAAAUGUAGCAGUUGGCGGCAAGUGCAAGUGUCUAGUUUUCUUAGCGAAGCAAUGUUCAUCAAGCAAGACGCUCCAACAGGUUCACGCCCAAAUGGUGGUGAAGUCCUCCAUCCACAGCCCCAACAACCACCUUCUCUCCAAGGCCAUACACCUCAAAAACUUCACCUAUGCGUCCCUUCUCUUCUCCCACAUCGCUCCCCACCCCAACGACUACGCCUUCAACAUCAUGAUCCGCGCCCUCACCACCACCUGGCACCACUACCCUCUCGCCCUCACCCUCUUCCACCGCAUGAUGUCCCUCUCCCUCUCCCCAAACAACUUCACCUUCCCCUUCUUCUUCCUCUCCUGCGCCAACCUCGCCGCCCUCUCCCCCGCCCGCGCCGCCCACUCCCUCGUCUUCAAGCUCGCCCUCCACUCCGACCCCCACACCACCCACUCCCUCAUUACCAUGUACUCACGCUGCGGCCGCGUCGCGUUCGCGCGCAAGGUGUUCGAUGAAAUUCCCCGCAGGGACUUGGUGUCGUGGAACUCCAUGAUCGCCGGGUACGCGAAGGCAGGCUGCGCCAGGGAGGCCGUGGAGGUGUUUGGGGAGAUGGGGAGGAGGGAUGGGUUUGAGCCGGAUGAGAUGAGCCUGGUGAGUGUGCUCGGGGCUUGCGGUGAGUUGGGGGACUUGGAGUUGGGGAGGUGGGUGGAGGGGUUUGUUGUGGAACGUGGCAUGACUCUUAACUCGUAUAUUGGUUCUGCUUUGAUUAGUAUGUAUGCUAAAUGCGGGGAUUUGGGGUCCGCUAGAAGGAUCUUUGAUGGCAUGGCUGCAAGAGAUGUCAUCACGUGGAAUGCUGUUAUAUCAGGAUAUGCUCAGAAUGGAAUGGCGGAUGAAGCAAUCUCUUUAUUCCAUGCUAUGAAGGAGGACUGUGUUACUGAAAAUAAAAUUACCUUGACUGCAGUGCUCUCUGCAUGUGCCACCAUUGGCGCUCUAGAUUUGGGGAAACAGAUUGAUGAAUAUGCAUCGCAACGAGGAUUUCAGCAUGAUAUUUUUGUGGCUACUGCGUUAAUUGAUAUGUAUGCUAAGUGUGGGAGUUUGGCCAGUGCACAGAGAGUUUUCAAAGAAAUGCCCCAAAAAAAUGAAGCUUCUUGGAAUGCAAUGAUCUCAGCACUUGCUUCUCAUGGAAAAGCCAAGGAGGCGCUAUCACUAUUUCAGUGCAUGUCAGAUGAGGGUGGAGGUGCCCAUCCUAAUGAUAUAACAUUUGUAGGGUUGCUUUCUGCUUGUGUGCAUGCAGGCCUUGUUAAUGAGGGCUAUAGAUUGUUUGAUAUGAUGAGCACAUUGUUUGGAUUGGUACCAAAAAUUGAGCACUACUCUUGUAUGGUUGAUCUUUUGGCUCGUGCUGGUCAUUUAUACGAGGCCUGGGAUCUAAUUGAGAAAAUGCCCGAAAAACCAGACAAGGUUACAUUAGGUGCUCUGCUUGGUGCCUGUCGAAGUAAAAAAAAUGUAGAUAUAGGUGAACGGGUUAUACGGAUGAUUCUGGAGGUGGAUCCUUCAAAUUCUGGGAAUUAUAUUAUCUCAUCAAAAAUAUAUGCAAAUCUGAACAUGUGGGAAGAUUCAGCAAGGAUGAGAUUGUUGAUGAGACAGAAGGGUAUUACUAAAACUCCUGGUUGUAGCUGGAUUGAAGUUGAGAAUCACUUGCAUGAAUUUCACGCUGGUGAUGGUUUAUGCCUUGACUCUAUAGAUCUAAGUAACAUUAUUGAUUUGCUCUAUGAGGAACUCAAAAGGGAAGGGUAUGUCCCAAAAGUUGUUGAAUAGCUUUAUGAGUUGUGUGGAGCUAAAGAUUGUUUUAUUGGAAGUUUUCGAGGUGAGGAAUAUUGGAUCAAGUGGCACUCAGCUGUCUCAGCUCAAUUAUUCAAUAUUCAUGUUUAUUGGAUUGGUUUCAUCAGGUAAGUGUGAUCAGACAGCAAAAUUAAUGUAUAGUGGGAACCAUAGUUGUUUUUCUAGUGAUGUUUAUAUUCUUUUGUGCAUGAAGCUCGGAUAUAGAUCAUUUUAUGAGCCUCUGGCGUUUACACCAGAUUAAAUGUCAUAUAGAAAUGAAAAGGAGAUUCUUAUGAAAACAGGUGUCGCACUGCUGCUGUCUUUUGGAGUAUUCAUAGGCAUCUCUGCUCCAAGUUUUGACACUCCAAGAAGUUUUUCACUUUUUGAGUUGGGGAAAAUAAGAGAACAUACUUUGCUUCAGAAGAACAAGAUUUUGCAUUGAUCAGGCAAACAUUUGUGGUCAGUGGGAUCCAACAAUUGAUCUUGCUUUUAUGGAAGCAACAGUAGUUCUACGAUAUUAGCAAGAUCAUAAAGAGUAUAUGAAAAUUUUAACAUUCCAUAUUUAUAUUUGAUAUUCACCAGUGGUGAUUUAGUUAGGUAAUUAUAGUAUGGAAACAAAAAAUUAUUUUACAGAUAAGAUGGAAUAAAGAUUUUUCCUUGGCCAUCAAUGCACAGAUUCAAUGGAGAUUGUUUGCUAGUGGAGGUGAUAGGAGUGUAAGCAAACAAUUUAUCACUUUCAUUUCUUUUAUGUCCUUAUUUAUUUUCUACUUUCA